UACCUGUGAAUUUGGAAGGAACUCCUUUCCUCUUUUCCUAUAGCAAUUAUUUCAUUGCAGUGGGCUGCAAUACUCGUGCCAGUCUGUGGACAAAAAAGGGCACGGACGAACAUGUUGGAUGCGACUCAAUUUGCUCCAACGGUAGUUCCAUUAGUAAUAUUCGGCUUAAUGGUUCAUGCUCUGGUGAGGACUGUUGUCAAGAUAUUUACUGGCCUUCCUUACUUCAGGUUUUCAAUUCAACUGUCGUGUCAAAAGAGGGUAAACAAGGUAGUGACGGGCGUAAACUGGCCUUCCUAGCAGACACGAAUUGGUUUUACUCCAAAAUAUGGAGUCCCCAAGAAAUCAACAAAUUGCUAAAUAACAAUAGUACUGUUCCUAUGUCGCUGGCUUGGAUACUAAAUAACAAUAGUUGGACAUACAACCGAGAUACCAUGGAUUGCUCCGCAACGCAAAUAAAUAGUACGACAACUAUGACAGCCGGUUGUUCUUGCUCAGAAGGUUACGAGGGCAACCCUUUCCUUCAAUGCAGAGAUGUUGAUGAAUGCAAGACCCCAGAGAAAAAUACGUGCCAGGGGAUGCUCAAAUGCGUGAAUACAAGAGGAGAUUACAGAUGCACGAUAAAUAAAAUUUAUAUAAUUAUCAUAGUUGUAGGAUCAGUCAUCUUUAUAUUGGUACUGCUGUUUGGCCUUUGGAGGCUAUAUAAACUUGUAAAGAAGAGGCAGAACAAGAAACUCAAAAAGAAAUUCUUCAAACGUAACGGUGGGCUAUUGUUACAGCAACAAUUAUCCACUAGUGAUGGUAGCGUUCAGAAAACAAAAAUAUACAGUUCCAAGGAGUUGGAAGUAGCCACCGAUGGUUUUAAUGUGAACAGAAUACUUGGAGAAGGUGGUCAAGGCACUGUUUAUAAGGGAAUGUUAACAGAUGGAAGAAUUAUUGCUGUUAAAAAGUCCAAAGUCGUUGAUGAAGAAAAUCUCGAAGAAUUUAUUAACGAGGUCGUCAUUCUCUCACAAAUUAACCACAGAAAUGUGGUUAAGUUGCUAGGUUGUUGCUUGGAGACUGAAGUUCCUAUACUAGUAUACGAAUUCAUUUCCAAUGGAAAUCUUUACAAGUAUAUCCAUGUUCAGAACGAUGACUUCUUGUUAUCUUGGGAAAUGCGAUUACGGAUUGCCAUUGAGGUUGCGGGAGCCCUUUCUUAUCUACACUCGGCAGCAUCGAUUCCGAUUUAUCACCGUGAUAUCAAGUCUACAAACAUACUCCUAGAUGAGAAAUAUAGAGCCACAAUAUCAGAUUUUGGAUCUUCAAGAUCCAUUGCUAUCGAUCAAACUCACUUGACCACUCAUGUGCAGGGUACUUUUGGCUACUUGGAUCCAGAGUACUUCCAGUCUAGUCAAUUUACAGAAAAAAGCGAUGUUUAUAGCUUUGGAGUGGUUCUGGUUGAGCUUUUAAGCGGACAAAAACCGAUAUUUUCCGCUAGCCCAACAGAAAGUAGAAGUUUAGCCACGCAUUUUAUCAUGUUGAUGGAAGAUAACAAGUUGUUUGAUAUUCUUGAUGCUAGAGUCAAAGAGCAUUGCCAUAAUGAAGAAGUUGUUGCUGUCGGCAAUCUUGCAAGAAAAUGCUUGAAUUUGAAUGGGAAAAAUCGGCCAACAAUGAAAGAAGUAACCACAGAGUUGGAGAGGAUAAUUAAAAAGGGAUCAAAUGUUCAACAAGACACUCAAGAGAAUGAAAAUAUCAUGGUUGAUCUCAGUAUGCAAUACAUGGGAUGCAUUUCCGACAUCAAUAAUGACCUGUGAUUUUAAUAAUUCUUCAUCAUCAGUCGUUGAUCUUUUGAUUAUCAAAUAAUUAAUAUGUUUUUCUUUAUUAAUUACCAAAUAGAAUGUUGGCUUGUGUGUUAUGAUUUUCUUUUGUUUAGAAGUUGUUGAAUCAACUUAGAAUCAUGUAUUAUAUCGUUGUGUUAUAUUAAUAAGAAGAUAGGGAUCCUCCA